AUGCUGACCAAGUUCGAGUCCAAGAGCAACAGGGUUAAGGGGCUCUCGUUCCACCCCAUCCGACCAUGGAUUCUCACGUCCCUGCACAACGGCAUCAUCCAGCUCUGGGACUACCGCAUGGGGACGCUGUUGGACCGGUUCGAUGAGCACGACGGGCCUGUGAGAGGGGUAGACUUCCACAAAACGCAACCGCUGAUCGUGUCUGGGGGAGAUGACUACAAGAUUAAGGUCUGGGACUACAAGCUCCGGAGGUGCUUGUUCACCCUCCUCGGUCACCUGGACUACAUCCGCACGGUGCAGUUCCACAACGAGUACCCGUGGAUCAUAUCUGCUUCAGACGACCAGACUAUCCGCAUUUGGAACUGGCAAAGCCGGACGUGCAUCGCGGUCUUGACCGGCCACAACCACUACGUCAUGUGCGCCGCUUUCCACCCGAAGGACGACUUGGUGGUGUCGGCAUCGCUGGACCAAACCGUGAGAGUAUGGGAUACCACGGGGCUUAGAAAGAAGACUGUUCGCGGGGCCCCGUCUGCGAUGCAACACGACGACAUGGUGUCGAAGAUGAACUCGGACCUGUUCGGGGGAACCGAUGCCGUGGUGAAGUACGUGUUGGAGGGCCACGACCGGGGCGUGAACUGGGCCAGCUUCCACCCAACCCUUCCCCUGGUCAUCUCGGGGGCGGAUGACCGUCAGGUGAAGCUCUGGCGCAUGAACGAGACGAAGGCGUGGGAGGUGCACACCAUGACCGGCCACACCAACAACGUCUCGUGCGUCAUCUUCCACCCCAAGCGGGAGCUGAUCGUCAGCAACAGCGAGGACCGGUCCAUCCGGGUGUGGGACAUCAGCCAGCGCAUGGGCGUGCAGACCUUCCGGCGAGAGAACGACCGCUUCUGGAUACUGGCCGCCCACCCGGAGCAGAACCUGCUCGCUGCCGGCCAUGACAGCGGGAUGAUCGUCUUCAAGCUCGAGAGGGAGAGGCCCGCCUACGACACCCACGGAUCACGCCUCCUGUACGUGCGCGACCGCUACCUGCGGGUGCACGAGCUGCAGACGGGAAGGGACCACCCCCUCGUCAGCAUGCGGCGCCCGGGGCAGAGCCAGGGGGCGAGCCUCGGGCAGGGGCCCCGCAUGCUGCAGCACAACGCCUUCAACCCCGCCGAGAGCAACGUGCUGGUGACCUACGACAGCGACGGCGGGUGCUACGAGCUCCUCACCUUCGGCAGCAUGGACGGGGCCUCCAACGGCGUCGGGGCGGACCCGAACGAGCUCCGGAGAGGCUCCUGCCUGGCGGCCGUCUUCCUGGCCCGCAACCGCUUCGCCGUCCUCGACAAGAACCGCCAGAUCUUGAUCAAGAACUUCUCCAACGAGGUGACGAAGAAGCUUACCCCUCCCCACCCUAACACGGACGGGCUGCACUUCGGCGGGACCUCCGGCCGUCUGCUGCUGCGCUGCGAGGACAGGAUCACCCUGUACGAGCAGCAGAGCCGUAAGGUCUUAGCGGAGCUCCAGGUGCCCCGUGUGAAGUACACGUUCUGGAAUCACGAUUGCAGCCUCGUUGCCCUCGCGAGCAAGCACACCGUGGUCAUCGCCUCCAAGCAGCUUGACCAGCUGGCCACGGUUUCGGAGACGGUGCGCGUGAAGAGCGGGGCGUGGGACACCAACAACCGCAUCUUCGUCUACUCGACGCUCAACCACAUCAAGUACCUCCUGGCGAACGGAGACACGGGGAUCAUCCGCACGCUGGACGUGCCGCUGUACCUGACCAAGGCCGUCGGCAAGAAGCUCUUCUGCCUCGACCGCGAGGGCAAGACCCGCGUCGUCGAGAUCGACAACACAGAGGCUCUAUUCAAGCUCGCGCUGGAGGACAAGAAGUACGGCGAGGUGAUGCACAUGGUGCGCCACAGCCGGCUGUGUGGGCAGUCCAUCAUCUCGUACCUGCAGGAGAAGGGGUUUCCCGAGGUGGCUCUGCACUUCGUCAGCGAUAACAAGACCAAGUUCCGCCUCGCCCUAGCGUGCGGCAACAUCGAGGUUGCCAUGCACACGGCGGACAAGCUGCCAGACGACGCCAUCUGGCACCAGCUCGGGACGGAGGCCCUCCGACAGGGAAACCAUCAGGUGGUGGAGAUGGCGUACCAGCGCACCAAGAACUUCGAGCGGCUGUCCUUCCUCUACCUGCUGACGGGCAACACGGACAAGCUGCGCAAGAUGCUCAAGAUCGCGGAGCGGCGCGGGGACGUCAUGUCGCGCUUCCACAACUCCCUCUUCCUCGGGGACGCAGCGGAGCGCGUAUCGGUGCUCGAGUCCACUGGUCAGAUCUCGCUGGCCUAUCUCACGGCCGCCACGCACGGGCUGGAGGAAGACGCGGCUAGGCUGCGAGAGCUGCUGGAGGCGCAGGGGAUGCCCAUCCCUCAGACUCCGCCCCAUGCGGCGCUCCUCCAACCGCCAACCCCCAUAGUCCGCACGGAUAACUGGCCGCUCCUGGCCGUCUCGAGAGGGCCGAUGCAGGGAGGCGACCUCAGCUCGGCCGCUGGCGGAGCGGCAGACGCAGCGGCUGCCGCUGCGGGCGCCGGGGGGGACGAGGCCACAGGAGAGGAGUGGGACGUGGACCUCGACUUAGACGAGGACGAGAUGGGUGGGCGAGGGGAAGGGGCUGCCAACGGCGGCGGCGGCGGCGGGGGGAGGGGAGGUGGAGGCGGGGGGGAGGGAGGGGGUUGGGGCGAGGACGACGACCUCGACCUUGGUGACGAUGACUUGGACUUUGGGGACGAGGGUGGGGCGCGGGCCAAGGCGGUGCCCUCGGACAUGGCGGACUUUGCCAUGCCGCCGGCGGGACGGUCGUUGCCGACGCUGUGGGUCGACAACUCGUCCCAUGCGGCCGACCACGCCGCUGCGGGGGACUUCCAGGGUGCGAUGCAGCUGCUGAACCGCCAGAUCGCGGUGGUGAACUUCGAGCCCCUCAGGGCCCACUUCCUGGCGGUGCACACGGGGACGAUGGCAUCCCUCCCCGGGCUGAACGUCAUGCCGAGCCUUCGGUCCUGCCUGCAGAGAAACGCCUCCGAGAAGAACCCGGAAAAGAACUCCCUCCCUGCGGUCGCCCUCAAGGCAUCGGUUCUGUUGGACCGGCUGAAGGCCGCGUACAAGGCCUUCACCAUGGGGAGCUUCGCGGAGUCGCGGCAGGAGUUCGACUUCAUCCUGAGGGCUGUCCCCCUCGUCGUCGGGGAGACGCGGGCUGAGGGGAACGAGCUCAAGGAGCUGCUUUCCAUCUGCCGCGAGUACGUUACCGCCAUCCGGAUUAAGGCCGCCGUCGCUGAGACCAAGGAUACGGUGCGCAGCAUGGAGCUGUUGGCGUACUUCACCUGCUGCAACCUGCAGCCGGCGCACUUGCUGCUGGCCCUCCGCAUGGCCAUGGCCAGCGCGUUUAAGGGCAAGAACUUCAUCACGGCCGCCAGCUUCGCGCAGCGCCUGCUCGAGCUGCCGGACCUGUCGAGUGAACGUCACGCGGAUCUCCGAAUCAAGGCGCAGAAGGUGUUGCAAAAGUCCCAGCAGAUGGCCCGCAACGAACACACCCUGGACUACGACGAGCGGAACCCGUUCGAGGUGGACUGCCAGUCUCUCAAGCCCAUCUACAGGGGCACGCCCUCGUGCAAGUGCCCCUACUGCGGCUCGGCCUACCCACUGUCCGCCAAGGGCAUGGUGUGCGUCACGUGCGGGCUGAGCCAGAUUGGGGUCGAGACGCUCGGGCUUGUCACCACCAGCUCGGCCGGCGGGAAGCGUUAA